UGAGACAUUUGGCACUUGGAGCAAUUUUCAAGACACCUUAUUAGUUAACAAGCUAAAAUCUGUACGUGUGUGCAAAUUGAUAUGAAAAAUAUAACACAUGAUGUCGCUAACGAACAUAUACAAAACCACAAGACAUUGUUACCUUUGAAAAUUAGAAAUAAUACUGUGUAUACUAGUGCUAAGGUUUCACUCAAAAACUUCAAAGACUUCUACCUAAAUGACGACAUUCAUAAUCCUGUACCUUUGAAUGAAGAAUAUUUAGGUUCAGCGCCUCGUUUAUCAUACCGUACGCUUGCUGUUGGAAGAACCUUGCAACAAAUUACGGAUGAAGCUAAACGAGAAUUUAACGAUCCAUUCGAAGCUAUAGUUUGGCUUAGAAAUGUUAUUGAAGGCAUUGGAACAUUAUUAUUGCAAUAUGGUUUAUUCACAGCAAGUGCAAUAAAACACAUACCAAAAGAACACAAGAAGUUUAAUCGUCAUUUUAAUGAGGCCUCAACUUUUUUCAAUUUUCUAUCAGAAAAAUUUAGUGAUUAUCGUUUACGUAGUGAACCGAUUAUUGAAAUAAUUCCAAUAUUUAAUAAAUAUAACCAAUCUCAAAUACUGGAAGAAGAUAAACAGAAAUUCAUAAAACUUAUCUAUGAUGUUAGGAAGCGUUUCUUAAAGUGUGCAUUUUUGGUAGAGAUGGCACAUCCUCAAAUUUUAAAAUACAAGUAUUUUAAUGUUACAUAGUGUGUUAUUGUUCGUAAGACAAUACUUUCAGUUUAACAAAAAUUAAUUUUUUUUUUCAUAAAGAGAUUUAGAAAAUACUAGUAAAUUAAA